UUUUGUUGUUCAGUUCAGUCACAUAUUCAAUUAAUUAUUGUGUAGGUCACUACAACCUAUAUUACAUAUAGUGAUAUUGUCAUAGAUUUAUGAGAAGAAAGAAAAACGGCAUGUCAGCUGAAUUCAAGAGCAAUGUGCCGCUAUUUUUUAAAGGGCCGCGGGGGUUGGAGGUUCGUCGGAAACAUCGAGGUACCUUCAGAUUGGAACCAAUAUCAGAGAAAGGAGCGCCCUUCAAAAAUGGCACUAGCAGCAAUACGCGCGGCGAUGCGAUUUCAGCUGGAGUCACAGGAAUUUUUAGACAGAAAUCGUUUGGUGCAUGUGAUCAUCGUCAAAUAACAGCAUUGUCGUCAUAUGCGCGGGCCGCACGCGUAUCGAUAGGCACGGCCGCAGUUGGUAUUGGAAAUUUAUUCACUCGCAAAAUGGCCGCCAGUGUAAAUUCAUCCUGUCCGUGGCCGAAUAGUCAAGAUGAUUACGACUUACGGGACGUUAUUGGCGUGGGAGCAACAGCAGUUGUGUAUGGGGCUUAUUGUAAGCCUAGAGAAGAGAAAUGUGCUAUUAAAAGAAUUAAUCUGGAAAAAUGGAAUACAUCUAUGGACGAAUUACUCAAGGAAAUACAGGUAAUGUCCAGCUGCAACCAUGAGAAUGUGGUGACAUACUAUACUAGUUUUGUUGUAAAUGAUGAAUUAUGGCUAGUGCUGAGGCUACUUGAAGGUGGCAGCCUAUUAGAUGUUAUAAAACAUAAAAUGAAGGUGACAAACUGCAAGCAUGGUGUAUUUGAUGAGUCAACAAUUGCUACAGUGCUGAAGGAAGUGUUAAAAGGACUCGAAUACUUUCAUAGUAACGGACAAAUGCACAGGGAUAUAAAGGCUGGUAAUAUUUUAUUAGGAGAGGAUGGGACUGUGCAGAUAGCAGAUUUUGGAGUAUCAGCUUGGCUAGCGACAGGCAGGGACAUGUCUAGACAAAAAGUUAGACAUACUUUUGUUGGUACGCCUUGUUGGAUGGCGCCUGAAGUUAUGGAACAGGAUCAUGGAUAUGACUUCAAAGCAGAUAUCUGGUCAUUUGGUAUAACUGCCAUAGAAAUGGCGACAGGGACAGCGCCGUAUCACAAGUACCCACCGAUGAAAGUGCUAAUGCUGACUUUGCAGAAUGACCCUCCUAACUUGGACACAGGCGCCGAUGAAAAAGAGCAGUACAAAGCAUACGGAAAGACUUUUAGGAAAAUGAUUGUGGAUUGUUUGCAAAAAGACCCCACCAAGAGGCCAACGGCUACAGAACUGCUGAAACAUCCGUUCUUCAAAAAAGCGAAGGAUCGAAAGUACCUGACGCAAACUCUAGUCGCUAUCGGCCCUAGCAUGGAGACUAGAGUGUCCAAGGCGAGUAAAAGACAGCCUGGCACGUCGGGACGUCUCCAUCGUACUGUGACUGGUGAAUGGGUAUGGAGUGAGGAGGAGGAGGAAGGGUUCAAUGAACCCCAAGAGUUGGUGGAGACUGAACCAGUAGAGGAUGUGCGGCCAAUGAACGAGCUGGCCCGUGCUGACUCCAGCGGCAGCGCCAGCGAUGAAGAGGUUCCAGAUAAUACCCAGGAAUUUGAGGCGGACGCUGCUGUUAUAAAUCUCGUGCUAAGAUUGAGGAACUCCCGUCGUGAGUUGAAUGAUAUCCGUUUCGAGUACAUCAAGGGAAAGGACACUGCGGAAGGAAUUGCUUCGGAGUUGGUUGGCGCCGGUCUAGUGGAUCCCCACGACUCUGUCCCCAUCUCCGUCAACCUGGCCAAACUACUAGAAUCACAGAAUGAACAAACGCCGCCCAAAAUUGUUACAUUCCAUUUGAAUUCGGUGGGACCUAACGAGGAGUUUGACGACAAGACAUUGGUAGGAUUCGCGCAGAUAUCUAUCGUAAAUUAAACUAGCAGGGUUGUACCAUGUGAUGUUAGCGAGCGGCUAGAGUAGCGUUGUACUUGAAGAUUAUGGUGCUAGCAGGUCUGAGUAUAAAAUACUAUAGGUAAAGUUUUAUUUUUUCCAUUUUAAAUUGUAAUUUAACUUACACGUUUUCACUGUCAUUGGCCAUUUACUACACGCAUCGAGCCAAAGAUCAUUAGCCUUACACUACGUUAAGCGGUACUUAGCGUAAAUUAUUUUGUAAAAAUAUAUUUCGUUUAUAAUUUCACGUGUUCAUGCAUUAUAAAAUUAUGCGAACUUUGUGUGAACAGUUGUGUUGUUAAAUAAUUUCUAGUGGCUGCGAUAAAAAAUACGUGGAAUUAGUUCACUAUUAUUAUUAUUAGGUGAUAUGAAGUUCUAUAAUGUAAUAUGAAAGAAAUAACAGCACUUAAAAAGUAAUUGCACUUUCACUCUAUAUACUUUCUGGUUUGUUUGUUCGUAGUAAAAAUAAUAAGAACUGAAGUAAUCUAGUGAUUUUAAAUUCUUAAAUAUUUUAUUACGUUAUAUAUUUUCUUUACAUUUUUAUAUCCUCACGUAAUUUAAAAUAAAUUUAAAGUGCAUAAACACCUACACUAAGCCAUCGGUCUUACCUCAAAUUAUAAAUUAUAUGUAUUGAAAACAUAAUGUCGCAGUAAGCUUAAAACCAGAAUAUUUAGAAUCUUGAAAUUAAUCCCUAAUAAUGCAGUUUUUGGAGUUGAGUGAUCUGAACAGAAUCUACUUGAGUAAUUUGACAAUUUUACUGCGAUAGAUACAAGGUGUAAAAGGUAAAAUAUCGCGCAAUAUUCCAAAACAUUUGUUUCAGGACAUUUGUGUAAACAAGAGAAACUAAGUCGGAAAUGAUUCGGGCGGCCUUUUUGUAUUAUAUUAACGAAGCUUGAUGCUGAUAUACAUACGUAAUUAUUUUGAUACGUAAAUAAUUGUAUUAUAAUUUAUUUAUUUAGGCAAAAAAUAUAUAUAUGUAUAAAUUUUCACGAAAUUCUAUACACACAAUUCGUGUCGAAUGUAACUGAAUGUAGUUGCGGGUUAAAGAGAGAAUUUACAUAAUUAAUAGUACAAAAGAACCAAGCAGUCUCUCGUUUUAAAAUUGUGUAUCUGUUUUAACGUGACGGUUGAAUAUUUCUGAUAAAAUCUCAUGAAUUAAGUAGGUUAAAAAUGUUUUUUGUUAGUCCAAGUUCUGGAAGGAUAUUUGGAAUUUUUAAUUUAAGAAUUCGAUUGGCGUAGCGGCAUGGCAGUUGAAGUACGACUAUUUAGAGCCUAUAUUUGUAUAAUAUAACAUUUUUUGUGAUCUGACUUUGUAUUUGUCGUAGUAUACAGAGUGGCCUAAAGGGCGAAAAAAAAAACUGAAACCGAAUGGUUCACUUUUACCUGUAUUGGGCCACCCUGUAUGUUGUAAGUCUUAUUAAUAUUCUUGCAUUUAAUAGCUGAUGAAUUAAGCACUAGCAACAUGAAUUCUAUACAUAACUAAUGAUGGUAUUACUGAAAAGUAUGUUUAUUAUGUAGUUACACCUUAUAUCUUUAACAAUUACCUAUUUAAGUUACUUUUUAUUUUUAUAUUAAUAAAAGUAAUAUAGAAGAUAAAUAGUAUAUUCUGUUUUUAUAGAGUGGUCCAAGUUUAAGAGCCAACAAAUAUUUUUACAUUUUCUCUUAAGUUCGUAGACAAAAGAAGAACAAUACCUAAUAUCAGCUUAAGUUCUUAUAAUUUGCCUAGUAGACGCGUGUUUGUUAUAUUUGCUAAUAGUUUUGGUGUUAGUUAUUACUUUGGGUAAAUUCUAUAGUUACAGAAUAUAAAUUAAAUAAGUUUUAUAAUUGUUUAAGUGAGAGUCAUAUUGCCGUCAAUCUUAUGAACAAUUCUUAGUUGUAGAUGAAACAUCAUGAUUCAUAUUUAGACUAAUAGAUUAUAGUUAUAUACUUAUGCUAAAGCAUGACUGUAUUCGUAGGUAUUAUUCCUGUUUAGAAAUAUUAUGAUAUAUUAAAUUGAAACAAAAUGUUCAAUAUUUAAAACUUUCAAAUGUUCGAACUCGAAAUACAGUUACGAUCAGUGAUCGGGAAGCUAUUAUAUGGUUAGAUAGACGAUAAACAUGUUCAUAGUAUUAAAUUCACUUGUACAGGGUCUCUACAUAUUUCUAAACAGGUUUUACACUUUAACUUGUAAGCUUUGUGGGUAUAUGUUUGUAAGGCUGGCCUAACAUAUUUAAAUAUUAUAUUAUAUAUAGUUUACAUAUAAUUAUUGUAAGUAGCGCUGAAUAGCUGUAGUUAGAAACUGAAAGCAUUUGAUACACAGAUCAAAUUAAAUAAUAUAAACCAUAACGGUGUUGAUUCCAGAAUUCCGGAUAAGAAAAUAGGUAUAACUUGUAAUACAAUUAGGAGGUGUUUGCUGGGAUCAGUAUCACUGCAUCGUGUAACACUGAACUUGCGUGAUAGAUGUGUGUAUGUUACUAGCCAAAUUAAUGACAAAUUUGUAUUAUCGUAGAUCAAACUAAUAGAGAAGUGGUUUGGACCAACCAGCAUUAUUUAAAUUACUAGUUGUCUUCGAUUUAGUGUAGAGUUUGAAAGGGAUAAGAGCAAAUCGGUACUUGAAAACUAUGUUAUCGUGGAACACUACUUGGUUAUUCUUCAGCUAAGUACACCUGUUAAUCAUAUUUUUUUUUGUGUGAAAUGAUACCUACUAGUAGUAUUUUAAUCUGAAACUCUUCUUUGGGUGGUAACAUGUACAUUCUCUCGCGUUAGAGGCGCAGAAAGUUGUUUCAAUUAUGAAUUUGUAAUAAUUAUCACAUUUGCAUUAGACUUAAUUGACCAUUAUUAAAUGGGUUAAGUCCUUCAAAGAGACAUGUUCGUCAAAUGUUUGAAACAUUUAAUUUUAACUUUUUUUAACUUUUUGCAAACUUUAAUCUUCUAGAAUGAGUUUUUGUCUUGUUUAUAUGUCUUUAGCGAGAUAGGAUAUUUAUUACCAAAAUAGGUCAUUUUCAGGGCCUACCGCGAAUUGGAAAUACGUCUAUGUCUUUGUUUACUUAACCGUAUAACGCACAGUUUCUUUUUAUUUGGUACUUUCCUUAGCACAAAUGAGAAAUACGUGAGCGGCACGGGUGAGUGCGAACUUUUUCAUGUAAUGUAAUAAUAUUGUUUUAAAAGGUUAAUUGAUUUCAUUAUCACAUUACACUAUGACGCCAGUUUCGUUACCAGUAAAUUUACUUAAAGUGUUUAUGAUCUUAAAUUAUAUCCUAACCUAUAAUAUCAUCAUUCCUAAUUUAAGAGCCACGCUCUUGUCGGUGUGUAGCAGUAUCCGUGUUACUUUUUAGGGAAAAAUAGGGCCGUGGUUUCCCUCUUGCCUUCCGCCACGUAGUACUCUGACGCGAGUGGGAUGGCGCCCAGAGUAAUCUAUUUCAAAGCCGUACUAGGACUCCUAUUCUCCGCCUCUGAAAGACCUAUAAUAUAAAUAUUAUAUUUAUGUAUUGGCAAAUUCUUAAACUUCAGUUCAUAUACAUUGAACUAAGGAAAAUUGAAGACGAAGACUUCGUCUAUGCCAUAAGUAACCAUCAUACUACAUCAGGAUGGUGUAGUAGUAUGUAAGAGUGUUUUAAUAACAAAAGUAUAAAGAGUAUGGUUCAAAUGGUCUGUCCAUACAACAUAUCUUAAGACAUUAAAGUUGUGUUUUAUUCAUAUCAAGCAAACAAUAUUAGCCUUUAUGUAUAACUUAAAUGUACGUUACCUACAGACGUUUCUUCAUUAUUAUCUACUAGAAAGAUCGCAUUGAUAAUACGAGUAUUUUAGUAGUAGGAAGGUUAAAGUCAUGAAAUAGUUUACUAAUAAAGAUACACUCUUGGCCUCGUUAUUGUACCUAUAAAUAACAAUUGCUCCGUGACUUUCACCCUGCAGAUAGUAGGUUUAUAAAACAAUAAAAUUAUAACCUCAACGUAAUACUCAAUGUAUUAUUGAUUUUGUAAUAAUUAUAGCUUCCCUAUUCAGCCAUUACGUACCUAAAAUUUUGAUAAUCGUUUCGAUUUUCAUGCUUCUUUUUCAUCCAUCAACCAACCAACCUUAUUUACUAGUAGUGCCGUAAUAAAUCAUACUCACAUAUAAUAAAUUUCCUCGGCUGCCCACGCUGCGCUUCCCGGUCCCUGGUCGCCACUCGGGGCCCCACUGGCCUUCCGUUCUAAGUUGUGGCGACCCUUGGGGGAGGCCUAUGUCUAGCAGUGGACAAUUUCCGGCUGAUGAUGAUGAUGAUAAUACAUUCACCUUUCACAUCAUAAGAUAUCCAGAAAAGAAAGCAAUAGAAAGAAAUAGGAAGUCGGGUUGAAAGGUCUAUUUUUCUCGGGAUCUAGGUGAUCAUUUUUUUAUAAUUAUGUAACACCUUCGAGGGUUUUGGGUGGACGUGAAACCCGACGCAUGGAAAUUGGUAGUUUCAUUUACAUGGCAGUCGUAAAUAUUUUGCAAACAUUUACUUGAUUAGGGCUUUGUGACUUGAUUUUUUUUAGGGAGUUGUAUUUGCAAUUAAAAUGAAUACAAUGUUUAUUUCAAGCUAAUAAGUCUACUUGAAGUUUAUUCUUCCUCCUGUUAUGAUUACGAUGUGUUGUACUUAGGGAAACGAUUCCGUUGUUUUUUUUAGAUUCUUGAUUUCGCACCAUGAUGAUAAAAAGUAAAGCAUGCUGCUGCUACGCAUGCUGCGUGGUCUGGGAACUAAAAAGUAAGACAGAGUACUUAUGAAAUUCAUGCUCUACUAUUGUAUAUUUUUUUAACAUCCAAAUCAAUACUUUGUCUUAUAAUACGUUUGUAAAAUUAUGGUCAGGAUUGCUAAAUUUUUGUACAGGAUUUAUACAGGAUGGUCUAAAGGUUCACGUUGAAAAGGAAAAACUAGAUACAGGGGCCCAUUGGCUACUAGAAACACCCCCAUGUAUGCUCAGCGAUUAUUUACGGAUUAGAAGAUAUGAUGCGUUUUGUACCUUUUUCAAGAUUUUCUUUGAUUGGGCUGUUUUUAUUUUUUCAGCUAGUGGAUUAGGUAUGCUCGCACUAAUAUCUCCUUAUAGGUAUCGCUGAACAUACAUGUGGGUAUUUCUGGUAGCUAAUGAGCUCCUUCAUCUAAUUUUUCAUUUUGAACGUAACCUCUGGGCUAUCCAGUAUAUUUAGAUAGAUUUUAAUUUUAUUAUGGAAGGUUGCAUCUGAUUUUGUGUUAGGUUAGCAUAUUUAGUCGUUAGGUAAAUUUUGUAGUAUUUUAGUUUAAAUGCGCGGUAGAAGGAGCUACGUUUUUAUCAAAAAAAUAAUCGUCACCUGAGUAUCUGUGGGUGUAUAAACCCUAUUUUUAUUCCGCGACCCGCUUAUUUUUUAUUAAUCCGAGUUUGUCGAAAAGUCGAGUUUUUUUACAGAAACGAAUGUUAAUUUGUCCCUUCAGCCCGAAAGGAAAACCAACGACGACGUACUUACUAAAGUAACUCUAGCUUAGUUAUCAAAAAAUAAAGAACGUAAAAAUUGUGAUACGUGUGUGAAUAAAGCAGCAAAUCCUCUUGAUUACUCGUAAUAUCUUCUAGAAUUUUUUAUACCUGGUGAAAUCCCAAGAGCACAUCAGUUUGAUAAACAUGAAGUCGGAGGUUAUCGGAAUCAUUAUCAUGUAAGUAUGAGAAGUCCAAAAGGACACGUAACGUAACUACACAAGUAUUAUAUUUAUUUGUUAAAUAUUUUUUUCGUAAAUUCCGACAAUUGAUAGUGUAGAAAAAUAGGUUACUCGUGCAAAGGGCAUGUUAUACCAUAGUUGGUUAUAGUAACAUAAAAUAUCAGCAUAGCGUCACGCCUCGGAGGUGUAGGUAGGGGUGUGUAUGUUACACCCACUGCACUGAUCGCCAGCUAUAUUAAGUCCCAUGUAGUCGUUUAUAAUAGUUGUAAGAAUAAAAAUAACUUUGGGUUUUCAGGCAUGUUUCGAUGCCCUGUCAUUUCUAUGGAGAGUAGAGUUAAUUUGUUCUAUUAUCUAUUACUUCCGCAGACCGUCGAUCUUAUGCAGUGUAGUAUUACUAUGGCAAGUUCAUCAAGUGUGCCUAAAAUAAUACCUAGUUAUAUAGCUUUAUGCAGUAGUAGCAAAUUACGAAACAGAAUCACUAAUAAUUUCUUGUUGAAGCCUAUUUCGUAGUUUUUGUUAAUUAUUGUCCAUAGUUAGCUAGUUUUUGUAGACGUGAUAGUUAUUGUACAACACAAACUGUAAUUAUUAUUAACGCUAUAGAGCCAGAAACAUUUUUUUUUGUGGAAAAAGAAAGCUCUUGUCAAUUUAAGUAUUCAUUUUUACAUGCAUCUCCCGUGCAGUCUUUACGGUAGUAAUCUAAGUUUACAACACUAAGCAUAGUUUUAUCCAAAUUAGUUAUUGUUGAAAAGUAAUAGAAUGCAACAGGUUUGCAUUAUGUAGUAUUUUUUAUGUUGUAAUUUAUAUUCUAGUGUUACUAUAUUAUAUGCUAUUUAUAUAGCGUUAUAAAUAUCGGUCCAGCAUUUAGAAAACUGACCUAUGUGUGCCUUGCUAUCUGCUUAGACUGUGUACAGAUGUAGAUUUAUACAACUACCACACUUAUUAAUAUACGGUCCUGUUUAGGUAACAAACAAUCCGUUUUAAAUAUAAUCAAAUAAUCUUAAAAUGAAACAUGAACUGAUAGAUUAACCUAACCCUUCAAUGACGAUCGGCCACUUGUGCAAAAACAGUUUCUGUAUAUUAUAACAAAUUUUAUAAUUGUUAUAAUAUUCUAGAUAGGACCUAAACCGUAAUGUUACUAAUGGAAUAACAGACUCCUUCGCGCUUUAUAAUAAUUAUAAAAAAUAGAUUGAAAACACGAAAUUACUAUGCAAUUUGUAUGAAAAAGCAACCCGUCAUAGAAAAGCGUGACAAAAUGUCGCACUUACUAUUACAUUUUUCUUUAUUUAAAAAAUGAAAAGUUUUUUGUCACCUUUAGAUGUGUCUUUAUUUAAUAAUCAGAAUUUCAUAUCUAUCUUUUUAUCUUUGACUUAGGAAACUACCCAAUCGUAAACACUACGCAUUAUGAUGUUAAUAUUUUCAUGGCAAUACAAUGUACUGGGGGGUUAAAAAGAAUUCCUCUAAAAAGCAAUAUUGCUGUUUGAUAUUUGUUGGCAUUGCGCACUUACUUUUAUAUGCGUAAAUGUCAAAUUGCAAUAUUGCUUUUUUAGAUGAAUUGCUUCGAUAUGGCCUUUUUCACCCCCUUAGGCGUUCCUAACUAUAUUGUAUCCUAGUAUUGAAAUGUAUUAAGUUAUGAGCUUGUUCUCCAUAGAAGACUGUACUAAGUUCUAAUGUAACUUUCGUUUCCUGCUUGUCUAUUAGUAAUAAUUUCAUUUUAAUACCCAUUUUAACUAUGAAACAUAUACGUAAUGUAAAAAUUCAUUUAAAUUACAUUUUAUCCAUUCUACUUUUAUAUUUCUUAGCUGUACAUUCCUUUAACCUAGCACUUUAGGAAAUACUAAAACUAGUAAAAGGGAACCUUUUUAAGGAAAUGAAUUUAAAUUAUAUUGUAUUUGGUUGAAGCCCCUGACUAUACAAAUUUCCACAUUCUAGUUUGAUGUGUUGUUAUUUUAAAAUUUUCAUAUUGCAUUGUAUGUGUAUUACGUGUAACUAUGAUAAAAAUACGAGUGAAUUGACCGAAUUUGUUAUUAAAUAAAAAUAAUGUACAGUAUGCUGUUUGA